UUUUUUCCUGUCGUUGUUGCAUAUUCAAUCAACGUGGAAACAUUUUUGCUGAUAAUUUCAUUCAGAAAUUAACAUUAUAAUAGACUGCCAAUCCCAUAUUAUUUAAAUGCCUUUUCGUUCCUUUUUCUAUUUAAAAAAAGUUUUCUAACAAGGCCGGGCUGUUUUAUAAUUACUGUCAAUGAAGCAAUGUUGGAACAGACCCAUGUUCUAAUGCCUGAGAAGAACCUCUUUGUGUUAACCUAUUGGGCUGGAAAUCUCAUUGCACUGUGCUCAUUUUAUUAACAUGAAAUGGAAACCUACAAGAUCAAUGUGCAUGUGGAUGCAUGACAUUCAGCAGAAGUGCUGUACCUAUCAUGUCGGAAUGGGAUGCUCCAUUGGCAGCCAGGAGAUACCUCACCACCUCUGUCAAGGUCAGAGUCUCGGACCCGAGGUCAUGGCCUCAGAAUUAAUGGCCGAUCAUUUAGAAAGGAGGUGAGGAGGAACUUCUUUAGUCAGAGGGUGGUCAAUCUGUGGAACUCAUUGCCACAGAGGGCUGUGGAGGCCAAGUCAGUGGAUAUUUUUAAGGCAGAGAUAGACAAAUUCUUGAUUAGAACGGGUGUCAAGGGUUAUGGGGAGAAGGCAGGAAAAUGGGAUUAGGAGGCAGUGAUCAGCCAUGAUCGAAUGAUGGAGUGGACUCGAUGGGCCGAAUGGCCUAAUUUUACUCCUAUAACUUGUGAACUUGUGAUGGUCACUGAUGCUCUUAACGUUUAAUGUGUGUGGCCACUGCCAUGACACCAGCGAGGGUCCCAAUCUGCAGAACACUUUUACCUGUGUGCUGCCAUUCUACACGUAGGAGCCAACCUGAAUCCACCUCCCCCUUUUAUGAGGUGCUGACUACCUUUAGAGCAGGCAGGUGGGACUAGUGUAGAUGGAGAAUCGUGGUUGGCACGGGCAAGUUGGGCUGAAGGGCCUCUUUCCUUACUGUAUGAGUCCAUGACACUGUCAGAGAUGCCAGAUCUGCCCUUCUAGCCUUGGUCAAUCCAGGGGUUAAUGGAGAUGGAGGCGAUGCAGGGGGAGAGAUAUUAAGGCCAUUCAUAAAAGGAGAAAUCACCUGGCAACCCAUCUGAUAAAUAAGCAGGGAGGGCACAAAGAAGUAGCACACGUCAAGAACACCCUUUUCUACCCUUGGUGGAUGCAACUGAUGCCUACCAUGAGGAUUAAACUCAGGCCACUGGCCAUCUCCAAAUGGAGUGCUUGUUCACCCAUUUCAGUGUCGACACAUAUUGUGUAAGCUUGGAGUCACUUUUUCUGACUCGAGGGACAUUUCUUUUUUCGAGAGAAACUUUUUCUCCCUCUCCUAAACUCAACGAGUCCCGGCAGUUUUUUUGGCCAUCGUUCAUAAUGAUUAGAACAUUAAAUGUAUCUGAAUUCCACAACUAACGACACAGUGGUUCAUCCAGCAGAGCUACUGCCUCGCAGCACUAGAGACCCGAGUUCAAUCCUGGCCUCGGGUGCUGUCGGUGUGGAGUUUGCACGUUCUCCCUGUGACCACGUGGAUUUCCCCUGAAUGCUCUAGUUUCCUCCCAAGGAUGCGCGGGUUUGAAGGUUAACUGGCCUUUGCAAAAUUGCCCCUAGUGUGUAGAUGAGUGGAUGUGAAAGUGGGAUAACAUAGAACUAGUUCUUCUUAUCGAGUCCACACACAAGAUUAGAAGUUGUUCAGCCAGAGUUGAACACACUUCCCGGCAUCUGCAUACAAUGGUGUCUGUCUUGCAGCUUCUUGUGCUUCUUGUGCGUGGUGGUGGAACGAUUGGUGGAAACAGGGUCGUGACGUGAACAUUCUUUCCUUGACACCAUAGAACUAGUAUGAACGGGUGAUCGAUGGUCGGCGUGGACCAGUGGACUCAAGGGCCUGUUUCCGUGCUGUAUCUUUCAAUUAUUAAUGAUUUGAACUGAUUGGAUCUGGAUUGCUGUUACAUGCCUCUGGGUCACUAAAACCCACCGCAGCUCUACUGAUUUUGAAUUGUAAGACACACGUGCUUCUCAUUUCCAUCCCAUGUCAUGCCAAUGGUUGAAGAUGUUAAUAUUGCAACGUGAUUCGUACUGUUACUGUGAUCUACUACUGUGAGCGAUGUGGAACAUUCAAGGCUAAUGGUGAUGUAUUGUGUUCUAGGCGAUGGACAGGUGGACUUUGAAGAGUUUGUGACACUGCUGGGACCCAAACUCUCAUCCGCAGCAAUCCCAGAGAAAUUUCACGGGACUGAGUUUGAUAAUGUUUUUUGGAAGUGUGAUAUGCAGAGAAUGACAGUGGAUGAGCUAAAGAGACUCCUUUACGAGGCAUUUUGUGAACAUUUGUCAAUGAAAGACAUAGAAAAUAUCAUCAUGACAGAAGAGGCAAGCCAUGUGGAGAACCCAGAUGAAUGUCCAGUUGACAUUGACACAUGUUCCACACAGCAAAUCAAACAGACCUGUGUCAGGAAGAGUCUCAUCUGUGCGUUCGCUAUAGCUUUCAUUAUCAGUGUGAUGCUUAUAGCAGCGAAUCAGGUGCUGAGAAGUGGGAUGAAAUGAGGGUAGAUCCUCAAAUCAGCCUGCGCCUGGACUAUUCAGAUAACCUAGUAGACAGCAGCGUGAUUGCAUGGUAGUCCUAUUGACUUCUGGAGUCCCUGAAGGAACUUCUAACCUAUACAGGAAUACAGGAAAUUAAAUGCAUGACAAUGCAUGGAUUUUUAAAACAACAAAAAACAAUGAUGUGACGACUUUUAUUUCGUGAAACUCUCAUGAUGUUACUGAACACCACCCGUAAGGGCAUCACCGGGUACAGAUGAAAACUGCAGUAUGCAAGACAAUUUUGAACAGAAAUGGACCUUUGGUGAAGACUAGAGGAAGCUGCUCAUGUGUCAGAGUGAAUCCAAACAAGUCCACGCAAAAGCAAGACUGGUGAGUGAUAGGGGUCUAACUAUUCCAUUCUCACUCUCUCAAACGUCAUUGCGUCUGCUGUUUUAUUGUAAAGGACGAUACAACCAAUUCCGGAGUUUCCAAGCAAACAUAUCUGACUCCCACAUCUUUCAACAGAGGAAAAUCAAAGGGAAAAGUUGAAAAGUAAACUCCCACUUCCUUCUAUUUUGCAUUAUCCAACUUUAUAGAGCAUUCAUUAAAGUGCAUCACAAAUGUUUUUGCCAAUGCACAGAUGUAAUUUUAGAACCCAGUUACUAAUGGCCUACAUGUCGCUUUUGGGGGAUAGAAUGAAGGCAUUUGCCUCGCAGCUUGGAAAACAAAAUUAUCAGAAAAGUUAAACAUUCUCUGUCGACUUCCCUUGUUCCAAUGUUAUUUUCAGUCAGGGAGCAGUUUAAAAGGAGCCCUGGCAUCCAGCAACCACAAAGUCACCAAACACAAUAUAGAAUUUUCACAGCGAGCAAGUCAAGAAAGAAAAAGCACAAUGGUUUUUUUUGGCUAUUAACUUGCACAAAUAAACAUUGGAACAUAUACAGAAGGUGGAGGGUGAAAUACAGCAACUAAAUCUUUAAUUCAAAGUUGCCAUUUGCUUCUCUCUGGAAUUAUGUCAAUUGGUGAUACAUUUCCCAUCAUUGCAAACAGGACAUGGGCUAAUGUGAGGUAAUAUAUACAGUUAGAAACUGUCAAAGAACAAGUAAAACCUGUACAGAUAGAUUUAAAUACAGUUUCAGUGUAAUCAUCUGCAAUUACCUUAUAUUCAACUCAGAAAACUACAUCUUUUUAAAAUGUAGAACAGAAUCUCUGAUCAUCCACACACUAUCAGCAUUAUUAAAUACAAACUCAGCAGCAGUAAUUGUGAGAAUUGGAAUUAGGGUUUUCAAAAACUUCAAUGCUUUCAGAGAUAAAAAGUUGAUGCUUUCCUGUUCAAGGCUCGCGCUAGGUUUUCCGAUAACAAAUGGGAAAAUGCUUAUAAAUUUGUAUUGUCCCAUUAAGUUGAAGGAGGAAAAUAACAGCAAUGUUAGAUGUUUGGAUUCAUUCUUAAUUUGGCAGAAUGCUGUUUCCGUGAGUCAGUGGUUUAAAAGCACUUUUUUUAAAGCAAAAUAAUUUAUAAAGAGACCUAGCUUAACAUUUUAUUGAAAUUGCACAUCUAUUUUUGCAGAUUUUGCUACAUUAGCUUCUAUUCGUUAAGAAAGAAGGAAAAACGUGUAUAUGAGAUACAGUGUACUGAUAUUUCCAGCAAUGGAUUUUAUCCCCACUGUCGAUGGUGUUUGCUGUGUGAACAUAGGAACAGAUUACAAGAAAUAUACCAAAUUCUUGGAGGUUUCAGGGUCCUGACGACUUCUGAGAAGAGAGGGGAUUCUUUGUUUUAAUGAACAUCAUUUGCUUCCAAGGAAAUAGUUUGCAAAUAGUCAAUCGUUGAUCAUGCACCAGAUUCCUGCAGUAAUGUAUGGAGAAUCCUCGAGGGCUAAGUGUGAAAUAUUAAUCUUUUGCUUUCAAUGAGUCAUGGACAAUCAAUUAUCUCUCAAAUGGGUGGUGAUGGCAGGAAAGGGAAGGAAAGGGUUUGAGAACAGAAGUAACUGG